UUUCUCUGUUCCUCUCUCUCUCUCUUUCUCUCUGCUUAUUAUCAUAAUCUACAAAGUAAAAUUCCAUGUGCUUAGAUUGACAUGUUCGAUAUAGAUGACGAGCUGACAAUAGAGAGCUUUAGAAUUCCAUGGUUGAUUUGGAUUCAGCUAUGGGUUUUGCUUCUUCUCCUUGUCCUGCUCUUUUUCUUAGCCAUCUUUCCCUCCGAUCCCAACAACCGCCCUGCCACCGCCGACAUCGCCACCGACCACCGUCACGUCAUCGCCGACAUCACCGCCCUGCCCUCCCCUUCUCCAUCUUUGGAUGACAUUCAGCAGAUUCAGAAAUCGCUCGCCAACCAUGGUUCAACGCCCGCUGUUGUAACGCACCGUCAACACCGUUUGCUGCAGGGUGGACAGAACCUAUUUACAAAAGGCGAGAUAACGACAGCUCCAAGCAUAAGAAGGGAAGAGAUUACGGAGGAGGAGGCUUCAUCAUUAGAUUUUCACCCUUGCCAUUAUUUUCAAUUAGCCACGGUAGCAUUUCUUAAGUGUUUCGGCCUGGAUUCAACAUCUGAUAGGCCUUCAACACGAAAACAUAGGAAAAGAAAAUGAAUCUGAUUAUGAAAAUUAUGUUGUUGUCACUUAUGAAAAAAAGAAAGAAAAAAAAGGCAAAUGUCAUCAUU